UUUAUUAACUAGUCACUCAGACUCAAAGUGACAAGUCACUCCAGAGUCGAAUCGCAGACACAGAGUCACAGUGAGUCAGCUAAUUCUUGGUCACCUGGGCACCGUCGAGAGUGGAUAAACCAUGGCAGCUUUCCUAGCGAAAAUAACGCCUAUCAGUUCCCGAAUAAUUCGUAUUUUAGGAUGUAACCCAGGACCCAUGACACUACAGGGCACCAACACCUAUCUCAUUGGCACUGGCAGAAGACGCAUUCUUUUAGAUGCAGGUGAGAAAGGAAAUGUAGAUUACAUAUCAUCACUGAUGUCAGUUCUGAAGCAACACAACACUACUAUUGAUAAAAUUAUAAUCACCCAUUGGCACCAUGACCAUAUUGGAGGCUUAGAAGAUGUACUCAAUUCUCUAGAAGGUGAUGUAAAUGUAUACAAACUUCCUCGAGCUGAUGUGCCAGAAGACCCCUUGCCUGAGUCAGCCAGACUGAUAAAACUUAAGCACAAAGAGGAAAUCAAAACUGAAGGAGCAACACUCAUAGCUCACCAUACUCCAGGUCACACCACUGACCAUGUUGUUUUGGAAUUGAAUGAAGAGAGGGCAGUGUUUACUGGUGACUGUAUCUUAGGUGAAGGAACAGCAGUGUUUGAGGAUCUUUACACCUAUAUGAAUUCACUAAAAGUAAGCAACUCAUCUUUCCAUUUUUUUUUACUUGUGAUAUGUAUUCUUUAUUGUACUGUAUACCUAGGGGGGGGGGUUCCUGGGAGUCCCAACCCCCACCUUUUCAUCAGAGUAUUCCAAUACCUUUUCUUUAAUGCAGUAUUGUACUCAAGCAUUUUUGCAUAUUAAAUUUUAAUUAUGAUUGACAUCAGAAUACAGUGGU